CUCCCCCUUCUCUCCCUCCCCUUCCUCCCCUUUCCUAGCAGUCCUGACGUCUUGGAAUCUCUCUAAAUACGCUGAGAAGCAGACAAGGAGCCGACUUCUUCUCUCACAAUUUAAGAAUGUAGCUGGAUUCUUCACGCCUCCCCGCUGACUUCAGGGAAAACACACAGCACUGCUCAGCAAAGGUCCUGGUCACCAUGAGGAUUCACGCUUGCUUCUUUUUUGCCUGCCUGACUGUGGUGAGUCAUGUCUGGGGCCGAGUGAGCAGCCAAGGGUCGGGUCGACUGAAGCUCACUGUCCUUUCGGAAGACAGGCUCCAAAUGAAAUGGAAAGAAACCGAAGGGAACAUCAAUGGCUACAAAGUUCGGGUAAAGCCCAUGGCAGGGGACUCGGAGCAAGAAGUUAUGCUGAAAACCAAGACUCCCAAAGCCACAGUUGGGGGGCUGAGCCCUACCAAGGAAUACACAUUGCAGGUCUAUGUGCUUAAUGGCUCCCAGGAAGCCCUGUUUGCCAAAAGGAAAUUCGUAAUUGAGGAGCUCAAAAAUGCAUCCCAGACUAGAAAUAACCGAAGAAACUCAGGAAGCAUGUCAGAAAAGAAUCUCAGUUCUGCAGUCCUGACGCAGACAGCAAAGGACAGAACUGAAAAGAAAAGGCAGAAGGGGAGUCAGUCAAAGGUCUCAGGUGAAGCUGUGAGAAACCAACCCAGUGCUGAGGCCAGCGUGACAGAAGCAACAACAACAAGCACUAAAUUACUGCAGCGCACUCCUGCAAACUCAGGACAAGAGUCUCUAGGCAAAGAAAAACCCAGAAAGGAUUCCUUGAGGAGAGGUUCCCAGUUUCAGUGUGACACAUCUGCAAUGACUGAUAUCGUCCUGCUUGUGGAUGGCUCUUGGAGUAUCGGACGCAACAAUUUCAAGCUCAUUAAAGACUUCCUGAGCACUUUGAUUUCCCCAUUCAAUAUUGCCCAGGACAAGAUAAGAGUAGGGUUGUCACAGUACAGUAGUGAUCCUCGCACAGAGUGGGAUUUGAACAGUUACACUACGAGGGACGAGGUGCUGGAGGCAGUGAGGAACUUGCGGUACAAGGGCGGCAACACGUUUACAGGCCUUGCUUUGACCCAUGUCCUGGAACAGAAUCUAAAACCAGAAUCUGGUGCCCGACUGGAGGCAGAGAAAUUGGUGAUCCUCUUGACUGAUGGAAAAUCCCAAGAUGACGCCAACCUGAUCGCUCAGACCUUGAAAAACAUGGGUAUAGAGAUAUUUGCCAUUGGGGUGAAGAAUGCUGAUGAGGCAGAGUUGAAGCAGGUGGCCUCGGAGCCACUGGAGCUCACAGUGUACAACGUGCUGGAUUUCCCCCUGCUGAGCUCUCUGGUUGGCAGGCUCACCCGGGUCUUGUGCACCAGGAUCAAAGAGAGGAAGAACGGUGAAAACAAAGGUAGCACUGUGAAAGAUAUCCCUGUGAACUCGAGUCCCCAGCUGAGCCCAACUGACCUUAAAAUAUCAGCUGUGACCUCUAAGAGCAUGCACUUGACCUGGAAUCCUCCUCUGACACCACCAAAGAAAUACCGUGUUGUGUAUUAUCCAUCUAGGGGUGGCAUCCCCAAAGAGGUGGUUUUAGAUGGAGCAAUCUCCUCUUUGCGGCUUGCCAACUUGACUUCACACACAGAAUAUCUGGUAUCAGUGUUUGCUAUUUAUGACACUGUUGUGGGAGACGGGCUGAGAGGCGUCAUCUCCACAUUGCCUUUGUCUUCCCCUCGUUCCCUGCGUGUCUCUGAGCUGAGUCACAACAGCAUGAGGCUGAGCUGGAAGGCAGCACAGGGAGCUACGCAGUACCUGGUGCUCUGUUCAGCAGCCCCCAGUGGAGCAGAGGACUAUACGAUGGAGGUGAAAGUGGCCCAGCCUGAGGUUCUGCUAGACGGGUUGUUGCCCAGCACAGGGUACUCUGUUGCGGUGUAUGCAAUGUAUGGGGAAGAUGCAAGUGAUCCAGCCAGCAUCCAGGAAACCACCUUGGCCUUGAGUCCUCCUAGAUACCUGAGUUUCUCCGAGAUCAGCCACGCAUCUGUUAGAGUCAGCUGGGAGGCUGCGUCUCAGGCAGUGAAAGCUCACCGUGUGACCUACGUCUCUAGCAGAGGGAGCGACACUGGGGAGACUGAGGUUCCUGGCACUGCAUCAUCCACUGUCCUAAGACCUUUGUCCUCUUUCACCCGGUACUUUAUCAGUGUCAGAUCUACAUAUGAUGAAGGCGACUCCCUUCCAAUUACUGGCAAUGUUACCACGUUAAAGGUCCCCCCGCCGCGUGCACUGAAGGUAACUGAGCUCUCAGGAAACAGUCUCCAACUGCAGUGGGAAGCGGUUGCUGCUUCAGAUGUGGUUGUCUAUCAGAUCAGAUGGAGUACACUUGGUGGAGAGAAGUCUCAGGAGCUCUCCGUCGCUGGAAAUGUGGCAACUGCCGUUCUGCCAAGCUUGCAGAAGAACAUGGACUAUAAGAUAUCCAUGUGGGCCUAUUACAAAGAUGGUGCUCGAAGUGACACAGUUUCUGUUCAGCACAGAACCAGUUCCCGGAGCCCACCCACCAACCUCUUCAUUGACUCCGAGACCCCCACCAGCCUCCAGGUCCACUGGAAACCCCCUGAUGGCCGCAUACAGCACUACAAAAUCACCUACAGCCCUGUUUCUGAGAACAGCGCUCAGCAAACAAUAAUGGCUUCUGGCAAAAGCAGCAGUGUGACCCUGCAGUCCCUGCUGCCUGAUCGAGCCUAUAAGGUGACCGUUUCUGCUGUCCACAACACAGGAGAGAGUGAAAGCAUGUCCACAACUGGCCGAACGGCUCCUGUAUUGUUUAAACUCCCUUCAAUACGAGGAUUUGUUCCAUCUAAAACAGAGGCCUGCCCCACCAUCAGCUCCCCUGAAGGCUCUGUGCGAGGAUUUGAUAUGAUGGAAGCUUUUGGAUUAGUAGAGAAGGAAUAUGCCUCCAUUAAAGGAGUAGCUAUGGAGCCAUUUGUAUUCAGCGGUUCCCGUACCUACACUUUGUUCAAAGAUAUUCAGCUCACACAGAGAACCAGCGACGUGCACCUCUUUGCAGUUCCACCUGAGCACACCAUCAGCAUCUUACUCCGCCUCCUGCCUGAGACCUCCAAGGAGCCCUUUGCUGUGUGGCAAAUAACAGAUGAGGACUUCCAGCCUCUCCUUGGUGUUAUCCUUGACUCCAGUAAGAAAUCCUUGACCUAUUUCAAUCAUGACUACAAGGCUGAUUUACAGGAAGUCUCCUUUGACCAACAGGAAGUGAAGAAGAUAUUCUAUGGGAGCUUUCAUAAGGUGCAUGUGGCAGUGAGCCAUUUCAAGAUCAAACUCUACCUGGACUGUAAGAAAAUAGCAGAGAAACCUAUCAACACUGUUGGUAGCAUCUCCACUGCUGGCUUCAUCAUACUGGGAAAAGUGACAAGGACCAGAGGGCCAAGGAGUGGAUCAGCAUCGUUCCAGCUGCAGUCUUUGCGGAUUGUGUGCAACAGUUUAGGGGCAGAGGAAGACAGAUGUUGUGAUCUUCCUGCAUUGAGAGAUGAAGAGACCUGCCCUACCUUAUCUCCCGCCUGCACUUGUACGUCUGGCCUCCCAGGCUUACCAGGACCUCCAGGGCCCCCUGGCAGCCCUGGCAGGAGGGGACCACAAGGGGAACAAGGGGAGCCGGGACCCAAGGGUGAACCAGGCCCACCUGGACAAGUGGGGCCAGAGGGUCCUAGCGGCCAGCAAGGCUCUCCAGGUUCCCAAGGGAUCACGGUUCAGGGUCCUGUGGGACCACCAGGAAUUAAAGGAGAGAAAGGAGAUGCUGGAAGUCCUGGCAUGCAGGUCAUUCCUGGUGUGCAGGGAGCUCCAGGCAGGGAUGGUCUUCAAGGUGCAAAGGGGGUGAGAGGACUAGAAGGCACAGCUGGGCCCCCCGGACCACCUGGACCAAGGGGUUUCCAAGGAGUGACAGGGUCCCGAGGCAGCAGCGGCGAGAAAGGACCUCCAGGUGAUGUUGGGCCAACAGGGCUUCCAGGUCCAAAAGGAGAAAGAGGAGAGAAAGGGGAACCACAAUCCCUGGCCACAAUUUACCAGCUAGUUAGCCAGGCUUGUGAGCGGAUGAUUCAAACUCAUGUGUUGAAGUUUGACUCAUUCAUUCAUGAACAUGCAAGGAAACCAGUUCCUGUUUGGGAAGAAAAAUUAAAACCGGGAGAACCAGGACCACCCGGUCCUCCAGGGCCCCCUGGGAGCAAUGGAGAAAGAGGAGAAAACGGCAUCCCUGGACAGCCAGGCAAAGAUGGAUAUCCUGGAGAAAGAGGCGCGCCAGGGCCCAAGGGUGAAAAAGGGAUGUCUGGAGCCAGUGAGGAAGGAAUCCAAGGACCCAGAGGCAGAACAGGCCCACCAGGAGAAAUAGUGCUGGGGAAACCAGGUCCAAAGGGUUCCCCUGGAAACACCGGUCCUCAAGGUUUUCCUGGUGUCAGAGGGCAUCCUGGACAGCCUGGAUAUCCAGGGGGUUGUGAUAUCUCUGGAUGUUUUGGGACAGGUAGAAGAGAUUUCAUCCCCUGAUGGUUGAUGCAGAGGCAGCUGAGGAUAGUGCUUCGCCCUGGCAAUCUCUGGGUGAAGGCUCCACAUACUCCAAGAGAAGCAGCAACUGAACACCAAAUGCAUUGUUUGUUUGUUUGUUUUUUAAAUCUCCCAUCGUUUCUGUAAGGACGUGUCAAUCAAACACUAGAGGCACCAAACCAGACUGCAUGCAGAUGAGCUCCAGUCAUCCUUGUCUGUUUUCCUGAUCAGCAUCAAACAACUGCAGCGUUCAAAUUCACACUGUGUGUUGCACACAAAGCAAAGACAUGGUCAGAGGUGCAGGUUGAUAGACUUGUAAAAAAAAGAAAAAAAGUAUUGAAAUGCUCGGAAAUAACAUAGGUGAUUUUUGCCGGUUUGUGGUUAUUUUUGGUACAUGUUACUGUGGAUCUCCCAGUGUAGGCAAAAACAGCACCUCAUACCCAAAGAUGCAAAUCCACUGGAGCAAAACUGUUUUCUCUGUUGGCUGACAGUGUAAUAAAAUCUAGCACCAUUUUGACUGUUUCUGCUUUUGGCUCAGUGCUGAUGGCUUCCUCACAGUGGCAUUAUGUACAGAAGCACCGCAGACAGCGUGAUAACCUUUCCUGUGAUGUGACAAACGCCACCGUUUAGUUGUGCUCUCUGGGGCUUGAUAUCUGCCAAGCAAAACCUUAGAUCAGACAGAGCACAAUCGUGUACUGAGAGGAGCCGGAGAUUAACCUCCCGGCCUUUUCCAUCUCUGCCUCCUGCAAUCUUGCUAGCUACUUUACAUUUUAUCAGGUAAAAUACUGAAUAGCUCUGAGUCUGACUUCUACACAUAUGACAUGGAGGUAAUUGCCAUUUUCCACCCUUCUCCUUGUGUGAGCUCCAGUCUAAUAUGUAUUCACAACAAACUGAACAGAUACUGAUAAAACGCACCUGCUUCUUUGCAUUGCUGCUUUAUACUGUGCUCAGUUAUGCUGGCUGUAAACUUCCCCUGCUGCCAAAUUCUGUGAAUGAAAUAUUUCAUGUUUGUAAAAACAGGAUGGAGCAAAAAGUAGCAGUACAGAUUUUCAAAGAUGCUAAGAGGCAAAAAAUGGAGCACGAUUCAUAUUCCUGUGCACUUAAUUGGGAUGUGCAAUUUCUGUAGCUGUGUGUGGACUGGUAGCUGUGUAUUCACAUGGCUGUAGCCAACUUUUGAAUUCUUAACUCCAAGUAAGUCCAGAUUUAGAAAUCAGACUGUCAAACGCCCAGUGGAGCAACAUAUUCCUUAAGAAAACUAAGUUGUUUGGACACUGCAUCCAAACAUUGUUUCUUUUUGUCAUCAAGUAAAAAUCCUAUAGAAUUCAGAAAUUUUGCUAACGGCGGUUUCUGAACAUACCAGACUUGUUCGGGAGUCAUAAAUCCUACUACAAGAGUCACGUAAACAUGUGAUUACCACAAUCUGUGAGUAUUUAAAGUAAUUCUUGGCUUAGGCCAUGUUAUUUCUCUAAAAACUCCCAAUGAUGAAUAUUUUCAAUAUGAUGUAUUCCCCUUGGUAAAUGCAGGGAAGUGCAAAGAGAUACCACACUGAUAGAAGUAAAAUUUCUGUUCACAUUGGUGCUUUGCAGACUCGCCUUACGAUAUCAAACAGAAAUCUUUCCAGCUUAGAUUUAAGUAUCGCCACAGACAAAAGCUCCAGGCAGAAGAAAGGAGAGGUCAGAAGAGCUAAAAUACACAGCAUGUUGUGAAUGCAGUAGUUAAAGCAGAUGUAUUCACUGGGAUAGACCCCCUGCAUACAUGUUGAGGAGUUAUAUGUUUCCAUUUGUAUAGGUCAGAGAGCUUUUGAUCUUUGUCUUUCCUAUUCCUUGAAAACUAAAGACGUUCUGAAAAUAGAUCUAACAAACCUAUGUUAAGUUGCAUUCAGAAUGUUUCUGUGUGUACCAUUGGUUAUAAAAGUCAAUACUUGUGGCAACUCUUAAGCACAAAGCAGUGGGAAGAAAAAGCAGGGAGGUAAAAGAGGUGCUCUUUGCACAGCAGAACUCUAAAGUUGGGCCCAUAAAACACUCACAUACUGGAUCAAAUAAGUACUUUGACACAUGGCAUCAGCAUUUGGCAGGUGAUUCUGCUUCCGUUCUCAUUUAAAUCAGUGCAGCCAGAUUCCCAGUCCUGAACUGGCUGUUCUGUCUGUGUAAAGCUAGUACCUGCAGGCUAUUUGACAUAGAGCUCUUUCUUUUUUCUUUAUUUUUGAAAGUUAUUAACAUAGUCUCACUGCCUGACUUGAGAUUUAAUCUAUUAAGUAGAAUUUCAAGUGACAUUAGCUUUUGUCUGAUUGUUUCAGAUACAACAGCAAGAGUCAGAUUUUAACAAAACCCAGUCCCAUCAGGGCUGUUGACUAGGAGAAAGAUGACCUGCACAAACAAUUUGUCCACUUAUGUUCCUAAAUUUUGCCCCGUGAGUGGUUUUAUUUACUUGAAAUCGUGGAUGUUUAGUCCAUCUAGUAUCAUUGAUUCAAAACUUUCCCCUUGAACAGAACCUGGAAGUUUUGUGUGUUCACAAAAGCAGAAAAAAUUCAGGAAAAAUACAGGCAUGAAGAUCUGAUGACAGAAACUCCUAGCUCCCAUCGGAAACUACUUGUGAGGUGGUUAAGGUGGCAAUUACACAGCUGGAGGAACUGGUACUUGCAGAAUUUCGAGCUGCUCACCCAGAUACAGCAACUGGCAACUUAUCGCUUGGCUAGGACGGUGCCCUGCCUGGGGUGUCCACGGUGGGCGGCUGUGCCUGAGGCCUGCUUGGUGCAGGCACCCAUGUCUUUGAUCUGCCUUCGUCCAGCCUGGAGUUGGUGUGUGCAACUGUAGAUCAGCCCAGGACCGUGCAGGAAUGGUGAUGCUUGGCUAAAACAGGCAGGCAGGAGCCCAGUGGCCACCGUCAGCCAUGCAAAGUAGUAGGUAUAAGACAAUCUUUUUGCAAGUGGUUUGGAGAAAAACUAAUUCUGCGGAAGGAACAUGGGGCUUUUGGUACAAGCGAUGGAAAAAGUGGAAGAACAAAGCCGUGCUGCUCUCCUUGCCCAGGUGGGAGGACUCCCUGCAGGGCAUGACGAGUCCAGGGUGCUCCUGAGGAACAGAGCAGAGUGACAAGUAACGAGUGGUGCCACCUCCCUGCUGUUAGAUGUCCUGGGCCAGCGAGGAACGGCGGCGUCUCUUUAGACUUAGCUACCCCAGACCCCAGACGUCCAUCAGCAGCAAAAACUCAGCCACUCCUAAAUGACCGCCACUGAAGUAACUGCCAGAGCCUCCCCUUCAGAGGCAGCCGGGCUUAGGACUGAUGAAGUCCCCAAAAUGUUGUGAUCACUGAAGCCAAAGUGGCAUUCCCUGCUUUCAGCACAAGCCCCCUGUGCUACCCCUGCUACGCUGGAAAGAAACGCUCGUCCCACUGUGUGAGACCGCAUAAACUGCGAUUAUUUGGAGUGCAUCUAAAGGCAUCUACAUGACAUAACUAGGAACCUCACUCAUCAAGAAGCACUCACACAACAGUGCUGCGAGUGACUGUACGUGCAAGCGUGUUGUAACCCCAUCACUCUGAAUCCAGGAGCCUUUCCUUUGGGAGGUUUCAGGCACUGAGAUGUCCUAAUCCAGCAUUAAACUUUGCACACUAUUAAAUAGCGAAAAGAGAACGUUUCUGUGGUUGGAGAAACAUCAGCCCCUAAUUAAAUUGAACUGCAUGACUGUGAUCUGACUAGUAUAUAUACAUACCAGUUUCCGUGGAAAAAAAACAUUUCUUUGCUUUUUUUGUCACUGCAAGGAUGUUCAAAGCCCUUUGCAGCAGGUUCGUUGCGGCGUUUCACGGUGCGGAGCAGAGCAGGGGAAGAGCGCUGGGCGAGAGCAGCAGAGGUUUGCUGGGGAGGGGAGACGGUGGAUGCGGUGUUGCGGGGUGCUCCAGGCGGCAGGUACGGUGCGGGGAAAGCGGAGACGGCGGCAUGCAUGCUGGCCGCGGUA